UUUCCGGAAACAAAACGUUAGUUUCCCCCACCGGGGCCUGUUUCUGCGACAUCCGUCGAAUCGCCGCAGGGAGCGGCGGGCAGGCGAGGCAGGAGGGGGCGCGGUCGAGGCCGUUAAGAUGUUGCGCGGCUUGAGCGGCUGGUUCGGGAUGAGUCGGGCGACGGAGGAAGAGACGCCGCUUCCCCUUGAAGGGGAAUCCGAAGCUGGCGAGGGAGAAGCCGUGCCCGAGGAGGCGUCGGAGCGGAGCCCGGAGCAGGUGGAUCCGGGCCCGGUUCUCAGCCAGGCCAAGGGACUCGGCAGUUCUCUGCUCAAUUUUGCCACUACUGCCACAAAAAGGAUAUCGGAAUCAGUUGCUGAAACAGCACAAACAAUAAAGAAGUCUGUUGAAGAAGGCAAAAUAGAAAGUAUCAUCGAUAAGACAAUUAUAGGAGAUUUUCAGAAGGAACAGAAAAAAUUUGUUCAACAGCAGCACACCAAAAAAUCAGAAGCAGCUGUGCCUCCCUGGGUAGACAGCAAUGAAGAAGAAACAAUUCAGCAACAAAUACUGGCCUUAUCAGCAGACAGAAGAAACUUUCUGCGUGAUCCACCAGCAGGGGUUCAGUUUAAUUUUGACUUUGAUCAAAUGUAUCCAGUUGCAAUGGUAAUGCUGCAGGAAGAUGAGCUGCAAAAAAUGAGAUUUGAUCUUGUCCCGAAACAUGUAAAGGAAGAGGUAUUCUGGAGGAAUUAUUUCUACCGCGUCUCUCUAAUUAAACAGUCCGCACAACUCACAGCACUGGCUGCACAACAGCAAGCCGUAAGAAAAGAGAAGGGUGGCGGUGAAGAUGGUAGAGAGCUGACAGAAACUGUUCGACCAAAGACACCACCUGUGGCAAUAAAGUCUCAGCUAAAACCUCAUGAGGAAGAAGAGGAGAUUUCUACCAGCCCAGGUGUAUCAGAAUUUGUGAGUGAUGCUUUUGACGCAUGCAGCUUGAAUCGGGAAGAUUUAAGGAAAGAGAUUGAGCAGCUUGUGCUUGACAAAAAAAAAGAGGAAACUACAACAGUGGAAGAAGAAACUGCAGACUGGGAAAAGGAACUGCAACAGGAGCUUCAAGAAUACGAAGUGGUUACAGAAUCAGAAAAGCGAGAUGACAACUGGGACAAAGAAAUAGAGGAAAUGCUUCAGGGAGAAAAUUAACCACUUGGCAUAAAUGCUUACUGAAAACCCACAAGAACUUGUUUUUUUACUUGUUUCAGAGACUUUCUUCAGGCACAAAAUUGCUUUUUGUAAACUAAGGCUCCGGGUGAUAAGUAAUUAGGUGUGAGGACUGUUCUGUGGAAUACACACUCUGCUUUCCAGAGGACUGUAGCAAUUUGGACCUGAGAUUGCCUCCCCGCCCCGCCCUAACCGGAGCUCCAAACACAGUUCGACAAAUCACUUGUGAAAACUGUGGGAAUUACAACACAGGCUUUGAGUGCUUUGAAAAAGGGGAGAUGGGGGGAGGCCCAGAGCAGAUAUAGACAUUGGUUUGUUUGAUGAUUUCUUCAGAUGGACUGACAUGGAUAUUGGUUUAAGUAAAUAUGUUGUGAAUAGUUUAUCUGUGGUGGGGUAAUAAACAGAGAACUUGUAUUUAAUUUCUUUCAUGAAAGUAAUGGCACAUCAUGUUGAUAUUUUGAUUCUUUAUAAAUAACAAUUUAUGAAAAUACUUCUAGCUCUUUCUUAGUACAUGUGAUUAUAGGACACCAUAGUAUAUAGUUGUCAGACUUUUAUUUUCACUUCUUACAAAACCUCACGCUUCAACAUAAAUACUGUAAGGCAACAAGGAUUAUGUAUAAUAUAGAUAAAUGGGAUGUAAACUGACUGGGACAGUUAGGUUAAUGUUCUGUUGAUAAAAUCUCCAGUGACUUAAUUGGGAGAUAUAAUGGUAGACCAUCCAGACAAUCACAAGAAUGGUCAAAAGUUUAUAAAAAGAAAAAUCAGCUGCUGGUGGUGUUGUACUAAAACUAUUUCUUUAAACCAUUUCAACCCAAAACCUCUAAAUUGCCUGUGGCAGCUUCUAAUGGCAAAACUUAAAAAUGGGUUCCAAACCAUAAAACACCUUAUAAGAAAGCUGUAAUAAAAUCAUUUCUUUAUUUAAAUGUUAAGGUGUCCAAUGUACUUUAAGGUAAGCAUCUGCACUUAGGUCCUAUUCAAAUAAUACAGCUUCAAAGGUAGAUGCUAAGUAUUAACAAGAAAUUCAGGCCCAGUUUGUGUGGGUGUGGUUGAGAAGUGCUGUAAUAAAUAUGUUAAGCAUCUCUUUAAAAGAUGAGGAAGACUACUGCACUGCACAUCCUAGGAUGUAGAGAAGAUGGCUGCUGUUCCACAGAUG